GAGUCUACGCUUCACCCGCGGUCUCUGUCUCUGUCUCCGGGGCAACGGGCGGACGGGCUGAGCCUGUUUAGGAGCCGUUGCUGUGGACAGAGAGACAGGGACGCGAGCGGCCAUUGAAGGCGGCCAGGGUGCCGGUGAGCCCCCCCCCACCCAUCUGCUCGGUGUGCGGCUGAGCUUCGAUGGAGAACCACAUGACGGGGCACAACCAGGAGAAGCUUUAUGAGUGCGACGUGUGUGGCAAGGCCUGGCGGAGCCCGAGUCUGCUGGAGAUCCACCAGCGGGUGCACACAGGAGAACGCCCCUUCGACUGCUCAGAGUGUGGCAAGAGCUUCUCCCGCUAUGAAAACCUGCAGCGGCACAAGAGUGUGCACUCCGGCGAGAGGCCCUUCACCUGCUCCGACUGCGGCAAGAGCUUCAAGAUGGCGAAUAACCUGAAGAGACACCGAAAAGUGCACACGGGCGAGAAGCCCUAUGGCUGCUCCACCUGCGGCAAGAGCUUUACCCGGUUGUAUGGGCUGCAGGAGCACCGGCGGGUGCACAGCAGUGAGCUGCCCUUCACCUGCUCUGACUGCGGAAAAGGCUUCAAGUCGUCGCCGGACCUGAAGGUGCACAGGCGCCUGCACCCUGGGGAGCGGCCCUAUACCUGCAGCGAAUGCGGCAAGGGCUUCACCCGCUUCAGAAACCUGCUGGGGCAUCAACACACCCACACCGGCGAGCGUCCCUACACCUGCACCCAGUGCGGUAAGGGCUUCACCCAGUCCACCAACCUGCUGUCCCACCAGCGCACCCACACCGGGGAACGGCCCUAUACCUGCAGCGACUGCGGAGCUAAGAAAGCAGCUAACCGGUCAGAUAUCAUCAGGUUAGUGGUGGGGGCAGCUGAAAGGUUCCUCAGUGUAAAGCAGUUGCCAGAAAAGUUGCAUCAAUACAUGACGGAGAAACCACCGUCCUUCCAGCUCUUCAUCCCAUCGGUCCGGGGCCCUCACUCAUGA